AUGCGCUUGGGGAUUGCGCGCAAUCUGGACGAGUGGGUGCAGCACACGCGUGUGCAAGGCAGGGGUGUUGUCACAGCCGUGCCGCCCAAGACGGAGGCCAAGGCCAAAGCGCUUAAGGCCAAGAAGGCCGUCCUGAAAGGAGUCCACAGCCACAAGAAGAAGAAGAUCCGCACAUCGCCCACCUUCAGGAGGCCCAAGACCUUGCGCCUGCGGCGGCAGCCCAAAUACCCCCGGAAGAGUGCCCCGAGGAGAAACAAGCUUGACCAUUAUGCCAUUAUCAAGUUCCCUUUGACCACAGAAUCGGCAAUGAAGAAGAUAGAGGAUAACAAUACUCUUGUUUUCAUUGUCGAUGUCAAAGCAAACAAGCACCAGAUCAAACAGGCAGUCAAGAAGCUGUAUGAUAUUGAUGUGGCCAAGGUCAACACCUUGAUAAGGCCUGAUGGGGAGAAGAAAGCUUACGUCCGACUGGCUCCUGACUACGAUGCCCUGGAUGUUGCCAACAAGAUUGGAAUCAUCUAAACUGCAUCUACCGAGGACUGUACAGACAGGAUAAUAAACCCUGUAAAACCAC